AUGAAUCAAAUUGGAAUACGGAGUCACUCCCGAUCGAGGAGUCGCUCGCGUAGUCACUCUCCCUCAAUAACAAAUUCACGUUCUAGGAGUCGUAGUUCCUAUUCAUAUUCCACUGGGAGUCUUUCUUAUAGUCGAAGUAGAUCUCGUUCUUACAGUAGGACUCGAUCUCGUUCUUAUACUAGAAGUCGAUCUCGUUCAUUGUCAUAUUCACGAAGUCGAUCUCGUUCUUUACCUUACUCCCGUAGAAGAAGAUCUCUUUCACCACUUCCUACGAAAAUUAUGGUCAACAAGUUAACUAAAAAUGUUACUGACGCACAUUUACAAGAAAUAUUUGGAGCCUUUGGGCGAAUCAAGAAUCUUGAAAUGGCGAUUGAUGAAAAAUGUUUGUACCUUAAAGUAAAUUUACGUGAAUGUAUAGCUUAUAUAGAUUUUGAUACCAGACCUGAAGCAGAAAGAGCCAUUAGCUACAUGAACGGAGGUCAAGUUGAUGGUAAUGUUCUCUCAUGUGCUUUUGUUCCUCGUCGACCACUUUCACCAUUACAACCUAGACGUAGAGGGGGAAGAUAUAAUACACCACCACCACCUCCUCCUCCUAUUCGUCGUUUUGGAGCAAGUAGUUACCGUGCUCGCGGUAGAUCGUUACGCCGUCACCCAAGGUCACGAUCUAGAACACCUAUUCGUCGUAGAAGGUCUUAUUCAUAUAGUGAUUCAUAUAGUUCACGAAGUAGAUCUAGAUCUCCUUAUUCAAGAAGUCGUAGUAGAAGUUAUUCACCAAGAAGUCGUUCUAGAAGUCGUAGAAGGAGCAGAAGUCGUAGUAGGAGUAGAAGUCACAGUCGACAUUAA